AUGUCAUUAGCUAAAGAUUUGAAUGUUGAUACACGAAAGGAAGCUGUACAACGAGGUCGUGUACCACCAUCACAACCACCUGGUAUUCCUGGCAUGCAUGGCCAAUACUUAACAAAUGGUGACGCAGCAGCAAUGUGUGGAUUUAAUGGACAUUCAUAUCUUAGUUCAUAUAUAUCACUGCUUCUCCGAGCUGAACCUUACCCAACUUCUCGUUAUGGACAAACGUGCAUGCAAACCAACAAUAUCAUGGGUAUCGAUAACAUUUGCGAGCUGGCAGCACGUUUAUUGUUUUCAGCUGUUGAAUGGGCUCGCAAUAUCCCUUUCUUUCCCGAUUUGCAAGUCACCGAUCAAGUAGCUUUACUACGUUUAGUUUGGUCCGAGUUAUUUGUGCUGAAUGCGUCACAAUGUUCUAUGCCAUUACAUGUGGCACCACUUCUUGCUGCGGCCGGUCUUCAUGCAUCACCAAUGGCUGCUGAUCGUGUCGUCGCAUUUAUGGAUCACAUUAGGAUAUUCCAAGAACAAGUGGAAAAGCUUAAAGCGCUUCACGUCGAUUCGGCUGAAUAUUCUUGUCUGAAAGCAAUCGUACUAUUUACGACAGGUAAGUUACUGGAUAUUCUUUUUGUGGAUACACCAGCCUUACUUUCCAAAAUCAAUCAAUCCUUUUCCCAACUCAAAAACGAGAAUGAACUGAUGCAGAUGGUAAAAUCGCAUUUAGAAUCAUUCGCUUCCACUGCAAAAACAACUUUUCAAGCAAAUAAUAAUAACAAUAGUAACACAACUAAUUCCAACAUAGUUCUCCCUGAACCCACCUCACCCAAAACUAAUCAAAAGCUUAAAUUAAACUCAUCCGAUAAUAGUAGCAUAAAUCAAUCUCCGCAAUCACCAAACACUUCGAACAAUACGAGUCUGAAUAGCUCGUCUGGCAAUAGUUCGGGUAUUUCUGUAGGUGUUUCGCCCUCUUUGUCUUUCUAUCACCAUCACCAGGCUGCUUUUCAGCAUAUUCAAACACCGACACGUUCGUAUGGUAGUUUAGAUGAAUUUCUUUCUAAUCAGACUGAUAAUCCAUACACUUUGAGUAACAAUUUGUUUAAUACUUAUAAUCAGUUUACUAGUAGUUUAGGUUCAACGUCGAAUAAUUCGAAUACAUCAGAUUUUGCAAAGUUCUCGCCAUAUAGCUGGAAUAGUCGUCGAUAA